ACUAAACCGACUUAGUGUGGGGACAGGCAAGGACGCAGACCCAGGUUUUCUCUUCUUCCUGGUGCAACGCCGUCGCCGUUGUGGGUUGGGCUUCAGUCCUUGGGUCAAUGCCAGUCCCAUUCCCAUAAGAGGGAGAACUUACCCGCCACAUCGUGACUGUUGCAAAAUUGCCUCAUUUUCUGCUGCUGACUGCGGACUGUACCCAAAGAAAGACACUGCACUCCAAUCUGCGCAGCACAUUCAAUGCUAUACACUGAGCACCGAAACUGAUCGCCCUUUCCUACUCUACAGUCUCCUCCUCUCCUCUUACUCAGACUUUACUACUGUCGUGUGCCAUCUUACUCAUUUCGCUCACAUCCUCCUCUUUCCCUCUCUUCACUCUCACCGAACUUCAUCAUCAUGCUGUCCUACGAGAAGAGACCCGCCAUGGGGAACCCGACACCGGCGACGUCAGAUCACCUACCUCUCAACACUUCCUCCUCGAGUCUGCAAACCAAUGGCUUGACAUCCAGCAAGAACCAGCCAAAAUCCGAACAUCACCACCUCUGGCUGGUAACUGGCCCCGCCGGUUGCGGAAAGAGCACCGUUGCACAAUUCAUCGCCAAUGCCAUGAACCUGCCCUACAUCGAAGGCGAUGAAUUCCAUCCUCAAGCCAAUGUCGACAAGAUGUCCAAAGGCAUACCUCUCACCGAUGCCGACAGAUGGGAUUGGCUUACCCGUCUGCGAGACGAAUCAUUACAACGUCUGUCCUCUGGGUCUCAAGGUGUCGUCCUGACCUGCUCUGCCCUCAAGAGAAAAUACCGAGACGUCAUCCGCGUCGCUCCUUAUUACGACCACGACGUCCGCGUCCAUUUUAUAUAUCUGCAUGCACCAGAAGAGGUCCUCAUCCAGCGGGUUCAAGCCAGACAAGGACAUUUCAUGGGCGCGAGUAUGGUACAUAGUCAAUGCAGCAUCUUGCAGCCGCCCGGAAAGGAAGAGACCGACGUCAUUUCCGUCGAUGUCAGCGGGAGUCUCGAACAAGUCGAAGAGGAGGCACUUUCGAAAAUCGAAGAUGCCAUUGCGAGAGAACUCAUGCGCGACUCAUAAUCGUGGUGAUCGGCGUUGCGCCUGCAUGUUUGCGUUUUGCGGGGAAAGAAAGGCUUGUUGCUAUCAUCGUGCAUGGAGUUUAAAGUUCUCGGACCAUCAAUCACCACGGGCUUUCCUUUGCUCUACCCUAAUUCCUUCUCCUCCUUGUUCUUUCCUUCCACCAUCAUCUUUGGGCGUCUAAUACCGAG